ACUGAGAGUUGGAGUUGGUGGAAUGGUGGUGAUAAGGCUGCAGAUCAUCUCUUUUCCUGUGAUGGCAUAUAAGUACCAGUCUCAUCUCAUCUCUGGCACUCAGUAGUAGAACGGCAGUGGUCCGAGUGAAAACAGCAUCAACCAACAACUUACUGUACUCUACUGUUAUUAAGCACGAGACAAUUUGGACGCAUCGUGGUGGCAGAGUGAGACGAGUAUCAUAUCAUCAAAGAGUUAGCCCCACAUAAAAGAACGGAAGGAAGAAAUGCAUCACCCGGAAUUAUUCAUUCAACAAUUAAAGUGAGACAAGGACGCCUGUGCUCCGUUUUAGCAAGGAUUGUGUGAAAACAUUGCUUCAAAUAAAGCGAGAGUUUUUUAAGAUUGGUCACGAUCUUCACGAAUACUGAUUGUGUCGUAUUUAUCUUGAUAAUGCGAAACCUAGUAUCAUCGAAUAGUGUGUGUUGUUGAACAAAUGCAGUGCGUAACGGUGGGCAGGAUGGAACUCCCCCUCAACUUAUUUCCCUUCUACGUCCUCCUCCUCCUCCUCAGCUUGUCGCAGGGACGUCCCCCACAGGGGAAGAACCACUCCCACCAUCACUCCCUAGCUGAGGGGGAACAGGUGGGGAGGAGUAGUAGGAGUACGAGCAGUAGUAGUCGCAACCUGCCCUGGGAGGAAUCUUCACUGGUGGAGGAGGGGGGCGACGAUGUCGUUGUCGACGAUGGCGACGAUGGUAACGACCAGGCUCACUAUCGAAACAGCAUUCUCCGCGAAUUAGGCUUGGAGAAUGCCUACAUUCCAACCAUGCAAAAGCCAAUCCUGAACAUUAGCAAGGAAGAGUACGUGGCUGCCUACAAGGAGUACAUGACCAACGUGAGGAAACGGAAAGAAGACGCGUGGAAGGACGUAGGUCCGAAACGCAGGAGAAAAAAUGCAGUCACUAAAAUACGCAUUUUUUACGAUGAAGGAAUUACAGAUGGAGAAGAUAACACGACGACAUUCCACUUUGACAUCAACUCAAAUAAAGAUCAAGAAUCCGGGAAAAUUAUCCGCAUCAAGAGGGCGGAACUGGAGCUCCCCGAGGGUUGUCGCCCCCUCCUCAACGCCACGAAAAUCCUCGGUGGCGACGACAGAAGUUACGACGUGUCGAGUGCAGUGACCUCGUGGCUCUUUUCCCGCAAGAACAAAAUGAACCCUAGUCGUCCCUUCACUGUUUCCUGCUCCCCGCUAGAUUCCUCGUCAACUCCCGCCCGUCUGCGCCUCGUGACGAGUGAAAUGUCAAAGAACAGAACUCGACGUUCUGUUCUACCCUCGACGCUGCAAGCCCUCAAGCUGAACAAGCCCCGAAGUGGGGUCGACUGUACCAAGACUCGACGGGGAAAGACUUGUUGUCGACGAUCUCUCAAAAUCAAAUUUUCCGAUCUGGGAAUCUCAGAAGUGAUCAUUGAGCCUGCAGAGUUUGACGCGCAUGUCUGCGUCGGUCGCUGCAAUGCCAAGCGGGUCUCAUACUCCUCCACCCACGCCAUUUUUCAACACAUCCUUCACGAAAAGAAGGGCAAAGGCUUUGUACCCCGACCCUGCUGCGCCCCCACCAAGCUGGCAGAGUUGGACGUCAUCCAUAUCAACUCUGUCAAUCCAAGCAAGCCCAAGUUGGAGGUCACCGUGUUGAAAGAUGCCAUCGUCUCGGAGUGUGGCUGUUCCUAAUCACCCCAUCACCAAGUAGGUGGCCAACUAUGCCACUCGCUUUCAUGUAAUGGGAAGACAGCUCUCCGAGUGGCCAAUAAGCAUAACCCGCUGCUACCAACCACACCCCUUCCCUGGACCCUUUUCCUCUGGAGAGAGAGAGAGAGGGAGCAUAUAAGGAAUCCACUGCGUUGUGCUGCUCGAAUCAACCCAGGAUGGAAUUCCAGUGCUAAAAAAAUGGAGGGGGAGAGGAGAGUCAGAGUUUUAUGCCGAGGUCACGCCACGACCACUACCACCACCACUUACUCUUUUGAUCUGAAAGGGUUUCCCUAUUAAGCACCACCACCUAGUCAGCCGAUACUUCAGAUGAUGAAGUUCGGCCUUCUUCUCCUUCACCCGUCGUCGUCUUCUUCUCCACUUCCGUCCCUUGUUUCUUGGGUGGAACACACACAAACUAACGGAUGCUUGCGAAAAAAAAUCGAAAGUAAAGUCAAAAGUGAAAUCAGAAUAUGUACAACUUUUUCCACCCCAAAUGUCACCCCUACAUAAAAAUCAACUCAGUAGCAUAUUUAUUAAUCUGACCCUUAAUUAAUGUCAUCCCAGGCAGCAGUUAGCUUAUCGUGUCCUCAGUGGAAAACUCACUUAUCAUGUACAAUACUAUUAUACAUACAUACUUAACCUGUUUUAUGUACCCGCAUCGUGUAUAUCAUCACUAUACAUACAUAUUCAGUAGGAGUAGCAGUGGACAAAGUCAUUCGUGAAUACACAUGUUGAUUAUUAUUACCUCCUAUCAUACAUAUUAAAUAUUAAUAUAUAUGAAUCACCAAAUAGAGGCUUGGGACGCGUUGUUGAGACAAAAUCAAGCAGUCCUCCUCCGUACAUUGUAUAGUAUAAUAGGAUCAUUAAUACUUGUGAUGUAAAUUUGUAGAAAAGAUGUAGACGAGAAGUGUGUACAUGUAAAUGUACAUACACAUUUAGAGCCGCAUCGUUCUAAAUACUUUUGUGAGUUGCCGUGUCAAAUUUGUAUUUUGUAUUUCAAACUUUUACUUUAUUAUUUGACUUUGUACGUUAGUCUUAGCGAAAGAUAAUUAAUAUACACAAACCUUUACAAGACUGUGAUAAGGAGCCGAGCUUGUAAAAGCCGAAAGCCUGCCCACUCAGAAAAACUAAUUUUAUUGUGUGUGACCAUCACCUUCCAUUGUUCCUGCCCCCUCUUCCGGUAUGUCGCAGUAGUUGGUGCAAAAAAAAUAGCCAAACGUGUCAGUUUUUCUGAUCAAGAAAAGGACGAUGUGUCGUGGGAUGGAAGGAUUUGAGUUGUGCAAAACUUUUGAUAUUAAAAAAUAUAUAAACCCCCCGCCCCCUCUGCUCGCAUGCAUAUUUAUGUUUCGUUGCUAGCUGAAAAUAUACGAUGGUGAUGAAAAUAAUUGUAAAAAUAUAUGUACUGUGAGGCCCAGCAGCUCUUUGAUAUCGUGAUCCUCUCAACUUACCUCAUGCACUUUUUUCUCUGGUUAUAAUUAUUAAAAGGCAUUUAGCCAAGUAAUUAUGUAGCUGUCAUAGUACGGAUGAAGAUGGAUAACUUAUUAUGUAUAUGUGUACUAAAAUACUAUAUUAAUAUAUAUAUGAUGAUAUAAUAUAUAAUAUAUAAUAUAAAUCGACUGCAAUUCUGCUGUGAACUGUUAAGGCUGUAAAUCUAAAACAAAUAUACUUUAUUCCUUACAACACAACAAAUGUUAUUAAUUUUAUUAUUAUUAUUAUCAUUAUUAUAAUUAUAUUAUUUUAUCCUUAUUACGUAGUAAUAUAUGAGUUCAUGUCUAAAUACAUACGAUACCAUGCACGAGUAGUAGUGGAGAGAAAGGGGGACAUCAUUUUUAAAUUUUUAUGAAAUGCCAGAUGAACUGUCACUAAUUUUUAUUCAAUGGUCUGAACACAAUAAAUCCAAUGAACUAAAGUCACAAAA